CAGCCCCCACACGCUCAUGUGACAUGCAGGACGCGUGGCGUGAUUGCUGUGAUAUAAGGCGCACGCACAUCUUUACUCCCAUAAUACUUAGCGUUUCCCCAGCCCUCCUCAUAUAGGUCACGGGGUUACGCUGCAUCCGGGUGAAUGCGAAGAGGGUGCCGUGUCGCGCAUGCGCCAGAAAGAGCCGGUAGUAUACUGUGGGAUCCCACGCUGCACACACAAUAACACGCAGCACCGCCGCCAGCGUCAGGCCGGAGAGGUGAGCGGCCGGCUCCGUAUGAGCAUCUCCCUAGCAGCUGCUUCCAGCGGACAGACUGAGACGCCGCCAUGACGGACCGAUACACCAUCCACAGCCAGCUGGAGCACCUGCAGUCCAAGUACAUCGGCACCGGCCAUGCGGACACCACCAAGUGGGAGUGGCUGGUGAACCAGCACCGGGACUCGUACUGCUCCUACAUGGGCCACUUCGAUCUCCUCAACUACUUCGCCGUGGCCGAGAACGAGAGCAGGGCCCGGGUGCGCUUCAACCUGAUGGAGAAGAUGCUGCAGCCGUGCGGGCCGCCCGUGGACAAGCCCGACGACUCCUGAGACAUUGCCGGAAGCGGCGACCGGCUGUGUGUGCGCCAGUCUCACCGGAACUCCCUUCCCGCCUGCCGGAGCUGUGACACACCCGGGGGGGGGCCCUAGCUGUGCGGCUCACCUUUCUCUCACGUUGUUUAGUAAUGAGGGCGCGUGUGCUGUGUAUGCCAAUAUAACAUGUCAACUAAAAACUGAUUUUACCAGC